AUGGGCGAGGGCACCAAUGCGAGUGGCAUUGCGAGUGGUGCGGGUGCCGUGGGUGGUGGUGAAGGGCGCGCUGAGUUCCUCACUCACCAUCGUUCAGCUCAUCAUUCACACGUGUUCUUGUCAUCACGCCCUUCACACUCCCUUCCCUCCCUGCUGCUUCCCCUUACUGCCCCCUCCUUGCCCCACCCACCUUGUUGCCCCUCCCCCUGCCCCCACAGGUGUGACAAGCUGGGCGUGCACCACUCGCCGUCAGUGGUGGUGUUUGCGGGCCUGCAGCGCCUCUUCAUGGCCGUGCCGCCCGUGCUCUACCUCGCCGCCACCAGGCCCUCGGCGUUCCCCCUGCUGCUGCAGCACUUCCCGUUGUUGGCGGGCAUAUCAGCGUGUGAGAUCACAGCCAUUGUCUUCUACCUGCAGAGCCUGCACUGGCUCCUCGUCUCCUACUCCGUCGCUGCCAAGCGCAGCAACAUUCUUAUCUCCAUGUUUGUUGGCUACUUCCUCUUCAAGGAGAACAUAUGGAAGAGACUACCAUACGUGCUGCUCAUGAUUGCAGGGAUGACACUCAUUAUCUUUGCAGCAUGA